GUUUGAAAACAAGAAACCUAAAGCCCACCGUAACCGUGCGGGUCGAAGUGGUCACAAAGCUGCAGUAAUAUUUACGCCAUGUACGCGUUGGUUGUGGCCGUAACGCUGGCCUGCACACUGCAGGUCGCGUAUUCCAGUCCGGACUUUGGCAUUCAGGCCUCGAUCUCUGGUGUGAGCAAGAUUAACGAGCGGGCCAUCCUUGCGAAGGAGCACUUUCUGCGCGUAGAUGACUACAUCAUACCGACCCAGAAGAGUGACAUUUCCAAGCUGCGAGACUCGGCAGUGAUACUGCAGGCGAUCGGACUGCAGGUGAACACGCUCGGUCCGGCCCUGAUGGAUGCGCUGACCACCGCGUCCGAUGACGAUAGUGGCAAUAUUGAGGCCACGUUCGCGUUGCUCAGUAUGGCACGGAUCACGUUCGCGGACUACAUCAAUAUUGUGCUGCAAGAGCAGAUACAUAAUCUCGAAACCCUGCUCGGUAUUCACGUGCGGGAUCAGCUAAUCGAUGACUUCUUUCACAUUUCCAACCGUUUGACUGCACUGGAGGGUACCCUCGCGCAGUUACAGGUUGCGGUCCAGGCCGCUUACACGGCGGCCAACGGUGGCCCAGUGUCGGACACACUUGUGCGUCAGUUCGUCGAUAACAAUCUAAUUGCACAGUUGGCGCGCCACCUUACCCUGCUAGCUUACCGUAUACCGGUGCUAACGUACACGAUUACCUCAUCGCUGGAGAACAUUGAGCAGGCGGACGCGUACUACUUCGGGUUGAAGCAGGACUCGGAUCGAGUGUUGAACGAGAUCGAUGCUUCCGGCGUAGAGUUCAAAACAAGAACGCUCGCAUACUCGACCACCGUCGAAGCGAGCAUGAACAAGGUGAUUGCGGACUAUGCCAGUGAUCUAGAGUUGGCCACGACUACCGCCACACAGCUAAACGUAGCAGAGCUGACAACCGCCAUCGAUGGUCUGAAAUUGGUGCAGAACACGAAGCUGGCGGCCACACUGAAAACCUACAAGGAUCUUUACGCGCUACGGGUGGAUGAGCUUUCGAAGUUGCUACCGAUCGAGUCAAAUUUUUCCUUCCUUGCGGGUGAAAAUCCGGCCGCUAUACUGGUGGGUGUGCUCAUCGCUAACGGUCCCUAUUCGCGCUACUGCUUCUGGAAGUAUGCCAGCCUGCUGCACAACAUCCUGCUGACGUCUAACUUUGCCAGUGAGUGUUACGAUCGCGAGUACAACCGGCUGCAAACAUUGGAGCAAGCGUUACUGCUGGAGAUCGAGCUGAUUUCCUACAAUCAAGAAAUUAUUGAUCCACACUCGAAUGUUUGCACCUAUCUGACUGCAUCCGCCGCUACACGUACCACAGAAUGUGCCACUGCGGUUGCCUCCUACUAUACGAUCAUGCAGGCCGAGUACGACGCUAAGCUAGCGGCGUUCGUUAAGCUGGCCGAAAUUGAACUCAACGCCAGCAAGGAACGGCUGGGUGUAUGCUGGUCUUCGAAGGUGCAGCAAAUUUUGCUCAAGUACAAAACUCUUAUUCCGGAUAUUUUGACCUGUGCCGAUCAGGGACCACAAGUGUAAAUUCAA